UCCGCCGCCGCGCGGUCCCAUUGGGCACAGCUCUCCGCUGUUUACAAUAGACCGAGUGGUAACGUGGAAUUUGUUGGUCCAGGCUCCGAAAGGUGAGGAUCAGAUACCGGACCAACGGCUGGCAGCGGGGGGAGCCGACUUCUGUCCGGUAAAGCUCCUUCCAGCGGCCGCUGCUGUCCGUCUGCAGCAGAAAGAGACGAGCCGUUCCCGACUCGGUGGGCUGAAGAAGACGCGUAAAAGCGCCUGCAGUCGAGCAGGACGGACUCCGAGCGGGUCACUGUUGUUCGGUAGGUUCGGCUGUGGUUCCUGCUAUCAGCGUAAAACUUUACACCGUGAAAACACAACUUUGGACCGAUUUCUGAUUUCGCUUUCAGGAGGCAGCCGAACUUAGAAAAGUUGGCACCUUGUGUCUCCGCUGAGCGUCCUGAUGUUUUUUACAGACUUUGUUUUCUGUCCGGGGUGUGAAAUGCGCUGCAGAUCGACACGCUGAGCUCCGUACCACACACCCCAGGGCGGCAGGCUGGUGUCGGAGAGGGCUGGGGGGCUGCUGCUGAGCGCUCUGAUGCGGCGGAGGUGUGCUCGGUCCCGCAGGCUGCUCAGCUGCGCGUCCCGCGGAUGAAAACUCCGCUUUCGGUGCCUGUUUUCAUCCACAGCUUUGUGGGGCGCACGGACACAUCUGUGCGUUCCCGUCAGCCAGGAGCAGAUCCACCCUCCCCCGACAGCUGCAGCUCUCUGUAGCCGGACUGUUGAAUGGAUUUUCAGGAACACUUUCCUGAAACUGAGGAAUUAGAACCAGACGACUUUAGAAUAAGUGUCCGGGUCGCCUGGCUCGUUCUAGAUGCUCUCCGCUGUGACUGUUGCUGGAGAAAUGCGUCUGUCUGACAUUUAACAGCGGAUCUUCCCUGUUUCCUAAUUUAUUUGAUCUGAAUAUUUGACUUGUCCGGAGGAAAGAUGAACGUGUUUCUGGUGGUUCUGUUCCUCACUCUGGACCUGGCCACCGUGGCUCUCAGUCUGUCCACAUGCAGCACGCUGGACAUGGAGCAGUUCAGGAAAAAGCGCAUCGAGGCCAUCCGGGGGCAGAUUCUGAGCAAGCUGAAGCUCUCCAGCCCCCCGGAGGACUUCCCCGAGCCGGGCGAGGUGUCCCGGGACAUCGUGGCCAUUUACAACAGCACCCGGGACCUGCUGCAGGAGAAGGCCAACGAACGCGCAGCGACGUGCGAGCGGCAGCGCAGCGAGGAGGAAUAUUACGCAAAGGAGGUGCACAAGAUCGACAUGCAGCCGUUUUACCCGUCAGAGAACGUCAUUUCUCCGACACACUUCAACCCGUACUUCAGGCGGCUGACCUUCGACGUGUCGUCUAUGGAGAAGAACUCCUCCAACCUGGUGAAGGCUGAGCUCCGGAUCUUCCGUCUUCAGAACCCCGGAGCCCGAGUGUCGGAGCAGCGCAUCGAGCUCUAUCAGAUUUUAGGACACAAAGACUUGUCGUCUCCGACUCAGCGCUAUAUCGACAGUAAGGUGGUUCGGACCCAGACGGAGGGAGAGUGGUUGUCCUUCGAUGUGACUGAAGCAGUGAGUGAAUGGUUGAACCACAGAGACAGAAACAGUGGAUUCAAGAUCAGCCUCCACUGUCCCUGCUGCACGUUUGUACCGUCAAAUAACUACAUUAUUCCCAACAAGAGCGAGGAGCUGGAGGCUCGAUUUGCAGGUAUUGAUGACAGCUUCCUCCACGGCGGCGACCUGAAGGUGUUUAAGAAGCGACGCCACAGCGCUCAGGCUCCACACCUGCUGCUGAUGCUGCUGCCUUCCUAUCGGCUCGAGUCUCAGUCGCAGCACAAGAACCACCGGUCCAAGAGAGCUCUGGAUGCUGCCUACUGCUCCAGAAACGUUCAGGACAACUGCUGCCUGCGUUCCCUCUACAUUGACUUUAAGAAGGACCUUGGCUGGAGGUGGAUCCAUGAGCCCAAAGGCUACGAGGCCAACUUCUGUGCGGGGGCGUGUCCUUACCUGUGGAGCGCCGACACCCAGCACUCCAAGGUGUUGGGUCUCUACAACACCAUCAACCCCGAAGCAUCAGCGUCUCCCUGCUGCGUCUCCCAGGACCUGGAGCCCCUCACCAUCCUCUACUACAUCGGAAAGACCCCCAAGAUCGAGCAGCUGUCCAACAUGAAGGUCAAGUCCUGUAAGUGCAGCUAGAAGCCUCAGCAGACGCCAACGCUCCUUUAAUCAACACAUUCAAACUGCAGCGGUUCCACACAGUCCAAGGAGCUGCAGAACCAGAACCACCAGUUAAUAUUCUACUUCCAGAACCGCUGUUGUAUUUCAGUGUUCACUCUGAGCUCAUUUCUUCUACAGUGUUUGACUCUUAAAGCAUCAGAGCUGCUGUUUAUCCGUCAACAUGCAGCUUUUUAUUCACAUCAGAGCCUCAGAUCCUGGAUCAGAACCAGUGCAGUGACUCGGUGCUGAGCUUUUUGUAGCCUGAGCUGGAGCUUCAGGCUACAAAAACAUAUGAGCAGUUUUUUAUUAAGAACAAAAUAAAUGAAAAGUUUUAAAUUCCAUUCUAACAUCAUGUGGAAUCAAAGGAUGACAUCAGUUGCUUAUAUACAGAACAGAACUUUUCCAUUUUAUAUUGACAUUGAGAAAGUUGAGACCGGAGUUCAAGUAGAAACUGUCCUGACGUUAUGUUUAUAUUUUAUUGACACAGAAACGCACAGUUCUUUACUGACAGAUGAGUUUCCUGAACAGGUGUUUUACCUGUCGAGCACCUGACAGGGAAUAAAAUAACUUUCAGCAGCGAAGUCAUGUCACAGGACACAGACAUGAUACAGAGACAGGAGACAGGUGUGUCUCUAGAGAUAUGGCUCUAUAGGUGUCUCUACAGGUGUGUCUACAGGUGUCUCUGUUGGUGUGUCUCUACAAGUGUGUCCCUACUGGUGUCUCUCUACAUGUGUGUCUCCACAGGUGUGUCUUUAGAGGUGUGUCUCUACAGGUGUGUCUCUACAGAUGUGUCUUUAGACAUGUGUCUCUACAGGUGUGUCUUUAGAUGUGUGUCUCUACAGGUGUGUGUACAGGUGUGUCUACAGGUGUGUCUCUACAGGUGUAUCUCUAGAGGAUUGUCUACAGGUGUGUCUACAGGCAUGUCUUUCAAGGUGUGUCUUUACAGGUGUCUACAAGUGUGUCUCUAGAGGUGUGUCUACAUAUCUGUCUCUAGAGGUGUGUCUCUACAGGUGGGUCUACAGGUGUGUUUUCACCAAGCAGUCGAGAGUAAAGCUGGAUUUAAACUCCUUUGAUCUUCACUGUGAUGCUCGUAGUUGUCAGCAGCUGGUUUAUGAAGGUUUUACGGGAACUAUAAAAAAAUCCACACAUUUAAAGUCACUGAGAAAAGAACUUCGUUUUAAACUGUUUAGAUUUUCUUUCAUCCCCCAGAAUGUUUCCUCACAACAUUUUAUUUGUUUCUCAGAUUGAAGUUCAGUCUCAGUUCCAUUCAUGUAUCUGUGAAUGUGGAUAGAGCCACAUGUUUGCCGUCGUCCAAUCAGCAGCUGGCCUGUGAGGCGUGUCUCUGAUAUGACGGUUCUAUAUUUAUCUGACUUCGGACCUACAGCACGGAUUCAUCACGAAGGAAUAAAUCAGGCUUCAUUCAAACACUGGAAGUAAAAGUGAAGCGUUAUUUAUGUGAAGUAAGUCGUGAAAAUAUCCCAGAUCUAAAACAUUCACCGUCACUCCUCCACAGUUUCCACAUCCUCAGUGCUCUGUUUGUAAUUCUCCACAUUCUGUACCAUGUUCUGGUUCUGGUUCUGGUUCUGAUCCAUCAGCCUGCAGUGCUAAUAUUUACUAUCUGCUCUGUUCUGUACUUCACACGAUGGAACAUUAUUCAUCUUGAUACGAGGGGAAAAAGUCUGUAAAAGUGGUUUAUUGUACCGGUUUCAUGGUUUUUAGUUUACUGUCUUUAUUGUUAAUAUGAAAAAAACAGGAUUUCUGUUCUCUUUUAUUGCAGAAGUGAGAAAAACUGUAAUGGUAUUUGCAUAAAGUUCCUCUGUGUACCUAAAGUGGGAGGAAUAUUUUAGAAAACUACAACUGUUCUGCUGUUAGCAGCUUAUUUAUGUAUUUAUUGAUGUUUAGCAGAAACACAUUCAGCAUCAGAUUCAUCACGGACAGAAAAAACAGACUGAAAUAGGGAAACAUUCUUCUGUUGGACAUAUUAUUGCUUCAUUUCCAAUAAUGAAAUUAGAAUUCAAGUUUCAGAGCCUCAUUUAUCCCAGAAUGCAGACUAAAGGCAGAAGAAUUACAGAACGUAAACUGAUUUUCUGUUUGUUUCUCUCAAACAGAAUCCUGGAAAUGUCUCACUGGAAAACAAAUAGAUUUAUUUAGGAUGUUUCAGUGCCUGACCUUCAUCAGAAAAACGGUUUAUAACGAGUCAGAUUCUACACAAGCUACAGGAAGGUUUCAUCAUUUACUAACUUUUCAUGGAAAACAUGGAAUUGUCUGGAUGACCCCAAACUUUUGAACGGUAGUGUAUGUACAAAGUAAAAAGCAGAUGACCCAGAAUGGAACCCUGUGGUACUGCUGUGGAGCAGACCAUUGUUUGAGAUACAAUAAUAUUAACACACACAUUGGGAGCAACCGGAGAGAUGAGAUUUUAGCCAGCUAAAGGUACUCAUGGACAGUUUGUAUCUUAACUUUGAGAUGAGGAUGGAAUGAUUGACCGUAUCAAAAUCUUUACGUACACUACUGUUUCUAAGGUUUAGGGUCACUUAGAAAUGUUUUUAUUUUUGAAAGAAAAACAUUUUUUUCAGUGAAGAUAACAUUUAAUGAAUGCUAAAUCCAGUCUAGACAUUGCUAAUGUGCUAAAUGACUAUUGUAGCUGGUAGCUGAUUUCUAAUGGAAUAUCUCCAUAGGGGUACAGAGGAACAUUUCCAGCAACCAUCACUCCUGUGUUCUAAUGCUACAUUGUGUUAGCUAAUGGUGUUGAAAGACUACGUUACAUUUCUUUUUGUUAUUCAAUUUACUGAGUCCAAACAGUGAAACUCAGUAAUACUCAGUCAUGUUUCUUUGUGAUGAUAAUGAUGAUGAUGAUGAUGAUGAUGGUGAUGAAGGUUCUCAGAAAGUCUAAACCUUCAGAUGUAAGCUAAGCAGCAGUUUCCUCCUCGACGUUUUAUAGAAUCGUUAGAAUCAGUUUCUAAAUCGCACUGAUGCAGUUGUAAUUUUAUUAUUUGCAAUCUUUAGUCCCCCCCUCUAUCCAUCCAGUCAGGAGUGUAGAUGUAGAAACCUGACCCCGCCCCCUUCAGGUGCCGCUGGGAAAACGGAGCGCUGUGCAUCGACUGUCUCGACAGUUUGUGUAUUUGUUGUGUUGGUGAUAUUAUUGAGACACACGAUGCUGUUUUGUAUCACAGUGUUGUUGUUGUUGCUCAAAUAAAUUAUUGAAGUUUUAAUGGA